GGUAGUUGCUCUGCGCGUGGAUGAGGGUUGGAAGGCCCCUUUCUUGCCCUUUUUUGUUUGUGAUGGAGGAGGGUGAGGAACGCUGCAUGGACGACCGUUGGGUGCAGUGAGUCCUUCUGCGCUACCUGAGGGGAAGGCCUGUAACACACCCAUGAGCAAGGGUGGGAACAACCUCCUCCCGUCCCACUCCCCAUUCCAGGGGAAUCGAGCUCCCAGGUCGGCGAAGAUACUGUAGUGAGUGAGAAGGCUCCAGGGAGAGCGCCACGGGAGGGGCAGCAGGCACGCACCAUACACCGUUUGGCCCUUUUCCAAAACUGUGGGGUCUGCGGUGGUGGGAAAAGCACCACCCAGCCUCAACAUGUCACCUCGCGGAGGAGGAGCCAGAUGGCUGAGUGCUAGCAAGGAAAAUUCAGGACCAUGAUGGCUCAGUUUCCCACAGCAAUGAAUGGAGGGCCAAACAUGUGGGCUAUUACCUCUGAAGAACGGACUAAGCAUGACAAGCAGUUUGAUAACCUCAAACCCUCAGGAGGUUACAUAACAGGUGAUCAAGCACGUACCUUUUUCUUACAGUCAGGCCUGCCGGCUCCUGUUUUAGCUGAAAUAUGGGCUUUAUCAGACCUGAACAAGGAUGGGAAGAUGGAUCAGCAGGAGUUCUCCAUAGCUAUGAAACUCAUCAAACUAAAGCUUCAAGGCCAACAGCUGCCCGUGGUUCUUCCCCCUAUUAUGAAACAACCUCCUAUGUUCUCUCCAUUAAUUUCUGCUCGUUUUGGAAUGGGAAGCAUGCCCAAUCUGUCCCUUCCUCAGUCAUUGCCUCCGGUCGCACCCAUAGCAACUCCCUUGUCCUCUGCGACUUCAGGGACCACCCGUCCUACCCUAAUGAUGCCUGCUCCCCUAGUGCCUUCUGUUAGCACUUCAUCAUUACCAAAUGGAACCGCCAGUCUCAUUCAGCCUUUAUCCAUUCCUUAUUCUUCUUCAACAUUGCCUCAUACAUCGUCUUACAGUCUGAUGAUGGGAGGAUUUGGUGGUGCUGGUAUACAGAAAGCCCAGUCUCUGAUUGAUUUAGGAUCCAGUAGCUCAACUUCCUCAACUGCUUCCCUCUCAGGGAACUCACCCAAGACUGGGACCUCAGAGUGGGCAGUUCCUCAGCCUUCAAGAUUAAAAUAUCGGCAAAAAUUUAAUAGUCUUGACAAAAGCAUGAGUGGAUACCUCUCAGGUUUUCAAGCUAGAAAUGCCCUUCUUCAGUCAAACCUUUCUCAAACUCAGCUAGCUACUAUUUGGACUCUGGCUGACAUUGAUGGUGAUGGGCAGCUAAAAGCUGAGGAGUUUAUCCUUGCAAUGUACCUCACUGAUAUGGCCAAAGCUGGACACCCAUUGCCACUGACUUUACCUCCGGAGCUUGUCCCUCCGUCUUUUAGAGGAGGAAAGCAAAUUGAUUCCAUUAAUGGAACUCUGCCUUCAUAUCAGAAAAUACAAGAAGAGGAACCUCAGAAAAAAUUACCAGUUACGUUCGAGGACAAGCGGAAAGCCAACUAUGAGCGGGGGAACAUGGAACUGGAGAAGCGACGCCAGGCCAUGAUGGAGCAGCAGCAGAGGGAGGCAGAGCGCAAAGCCCAGAAAGAAAAGGAAGAGUGGGAACGGAAACAGAGAGAGUUACAAGAGCAGGAAUGGAAGAAACAACUGGAAUUAGAAAAACGCUUGGAGAGGCAGAGGGAAUUGGAGAGACAACGGGAGGAAGAAAGGAGAAAAGAGAUAGAAAGACGAGAGGCAGCAAAACAGGAACUUGAAAGACAACGUCGUUUAGAAUGGGAGCGAAUUCGUAAACAGGAGCUUCUCAAUCGAAGGAAUAGAGAACAGGAAGAAAUUGUCAGGUUAAACUCUAAAAAGAAAAGCCUUCAUCUCGAGUUGGAAGCACUGAAUGGCAAACAUCAGCAGAUCUCAAGCAGACUUCAAGACGUCCGACUUAGGAAGCAAACUCAAAAGACUGAGCUGGAAGUUCUGGAUAAGCAGUGUGACCUGGAAAUUAUGGAAAUCAGGCAGCUUCAACAGGAGCUUCAGGAAUAUCAAAAUAAGCUUAUCUAUUUGGUACCAGAGAAGCAAUUAUUACAUGAAAGAAUUAAAAAUAUGCAGCUCGGUAACACACCUGAUUUAGGAGUCGGUUUACUUCAUAAGAAAUCAUUAGAAAAGGAAGAAUUAUGCCAAAGACUUAAAGAACAAUUAGAUGCUCUUGAAAAAGAAACUGCAUCUAAGCUAUCAGAAAUGGAUUCGUUUAACAGUCAACUAAAGUGUGGGAAUAUGGAUGACUCUGUUCUUCAGUGCCUUUUGUCUCUGCUAAGCUGUCUCAACAACCUCUUCCUCUUACUUAAGGAACUGAGAGAAAGCUACAAUACACAGCAGUUAGCCCUUGAACAACUUUAUAAGAUCAAACGUGACAAACUGAGGGAAAUUGAAAGAAAAAGAUCAGAGCUAAUACAGAAAAAGAAACUAGAAGACGAGGCUACAAGGAAAGCAAAACAAGGAAAAGAAAACUUAUGGAAAGAAAAUCUUAGAAAGGAGGAAGAAGAAAAACAAAAGCGACUCCAAGAAGAAAAAACACAAGAAAAAGUUCAAGAAGUGGAGUGGAAAGCUGAGGAGAAACAAAGUGAGCCAGCCAGUGCUUUGGUCAAUUACAGAGCAUUAUAUUGCUUUGAAGCAAGGAACCAUGAUGAAAUGAGUUUUAAUUCUGGUGAUAUAAUACAGGUUGAUGAAAAAACCGUAGGAGAACCUGGUUGGCUUUAUGGUAGUUUUCAAGGAAAUUUUGGCUGGUUUCCAUGCAACUAUGUAGAAAAAAUAACAUCUGAAAAAUCUGUGUCGCCUAAGAAGGCCUUACUUCCUCCUACAGUGUCUUUAUCUGCUACCUCAACUUCUGAAUCACUUUCUUCAAAUCAACCAGCAUCAGUGACUGAUUAUCAAAACGUAUCGUUUUCAAGCCUAACUGUUAACACAUCAUGGCAGAAAAAAUCAGCUUUUACUCGCACUGUGUCCCCUGUAUCUACAUCACCUAUUCACGGACAGGGACAGGUUGUAGAAAACCUAAAAGCACAGGCCCUUUGUUCCUGGACUGCAAAGAAAGAUAACCACUUGAACUUCUCAAAACAUGAUAUCAUUACUGUCUUGGAGCAGCAAGAAAAUUGGUGGUUUGGGGAGGUGCAUGGAGGAAGAGGAUGGUUUCCAAAAUCUUACGUCAAAAUCAUCCCUGGGAGUGAAGUCAGGCGGGAAGAACCAGAAGCUUUGUAUGCAGCUGUAAACAAGAAACCUACCUCUGCAGCCUGUACAGUGGGAGAAGAGUAUAUUGCACUUUAUCCGUAUUCAAGUGUAGAACCUGGAGAUUUGACUUUCACUGAAGGUGAAGAAAUAUUGGUGACCCAGAAAGAUGGAGAAUGGUGGACAGGAAGUAUCGGAGAUAGAACUGGAAUUUUUCCAUCAAAUUACGUCAAACCAAAAGAUCACGAGGGUUUUGGGAGUGCUAGCAAAUCUGGAACAUCAAACAAGAAACCUGAGAUUGCUCAAGUAACUUCAGCAUAUGUGGCUUCUGGUUCUGAACAGCUUAGCCUCGCACCAGGACAGUUAAUAUUAAUUCUAAAGAAAAAUACAAGUGGCUGGUGGCAAGGGGAGUUACAGGCCAGAGGAAAAAAGCGACAGAAGGGAUGGUUCCCUGCCAGCCAUGUUAAACUUUUGGGUCCAAGUAGUGAAAGAACUACACCUGCCUUUCAUCCUGUGUGUCAGGUGAUCGCCAUGUAUGACUAUAUAGCAAAUAAUGAGGAUGAGCUAAAUUUCUCCAAGGGGCAACUUAUUAAUGUUUUGAACAAAGAUGAUCCUGACUGGUGGCAAGGAGAAAUCAAUGGGGUGACUGGUCUCUUUCCUUCAAAUUAUGUUAAGAUGACGACAGACACAGAUCCAAGUCAGCAGUGACCCAAUGUUGUCUUCCAGUGUGAAAGCACCCCAGAGACCCACUAUCCAAGUUUGACUCUAGCGUGGAGGCAGGGCAGGCAGCCCUGAUCAAAUAUCUCCUACACAAUUCGUUAACUUCGUUCGAAUGUUAGAGCCACUUGUGAUUAUUUCUUCGUGUUUCUAAUUUACAGUUAAAAUUUAUUUGUAACAAGUUAAAGGAUAGUGGGUCUUUGUGUGGCUUUCCCUGCUGUUCAGUCUGGCAUCCUUUAGCAUUUUUCUUCUUUUUUAAUUUGGUAAUUGUAGGUCAUUAGCAUGCAUGUUGAGUUUGCCCUUACAUGGUGGGAGUUCAAACACACAAAGACCCACUAUUUGCACAAACUUUUCUCGCUGGUUUGGAAUGGGCUGCCAUGCUUUUCUAAUGUUAUUGCAACAUGUAUAUUCAUUACAGAAUUCAGAAUUGCUUAUGUUUUGCUAUUAUGUUUGAUCUAAUCCUAAUCACAGUGAGCUCUUAAUUGGUUCAAUAUGUGAUUUGUCCCUCAGUAUGCACUGUUUAUUACUUUCUGAUAUGCCACUAUGAGUACCAAUAUUUAAAUUUGUUUAAAGGCCAAGAAUUGGAAAUAUCCUUUUCUCUAUUUUCUGUGUAUUUUGGGGUGGGAGCAAUAACACUUUGAGGGAGCUUUUCUUAUCUCACAGAAGAGGAAAGUGGCCUGCCCCAGCAAUAUGUGCAGAGCAGGGUAUGUUUUAUCUGUUCUGGCUGUCCAAGAAUGAGUCCUGUACAUGGGAGUUCCCUUGGGAUCUCUGUGGUCUGGGCUCAUGAAGAAGCUUCAUGUGCUGCAGCGGUCAGUUGUUACUUCUUUACUAAUGAGCUAAAAAUGGAUUAUUUUUGAGGAAUGAAAGGCUCCCUUCAUUGACCAUGAGAUAUGAAACCUUCCCUACCUUAGAGCAUUUAUAUCUGUACAUUUUGAAGUCAAAAUUCAUGUUAUCUAUUUUAAUUAGGUGACUACUUGUCCCAGGUCACAAAGGGACACUGGUUGACACUCUUCUUAAUGUAUUUAGUAAAGAUCAUAAGGAAUCCUUGAAGAAUUUAAAUGCCCAUGAAGCAGGCAGACAGUCUCUAUCUAGUUGAGAAUGAAUUCAGUGAAGGAAAGAUGUGUGAGAGCUGGCAUUCCUCUAUGUCCAUGAAGCUGCUUUGUGGCUAGAGGGUUGAUUUUACCGUUCAGAAUUCUCUGGCUACUAUCUAUUCUUCAACCACAUUGGCUACUUUGGCAUAGGAUUUUACUUCUUUUCCUUGAAUGGAAAACUUUAAAGAUAAUAAACAUUAUUAUAAACUAAUAAACAUGAGAGUACUUAGCUGAAACAAAAGGGAGUUUUAGUGGACAGUAUUAAACUAUAUUUGAAAGUCAAUGAGAAGUUUAUGCAAUUUAAAAUGUUUACAAACUGCAGUGCAAUCUACUGUUUAUGAAUGUCCAAGUAUUAUCAGGAAAAGUGUACAUACAAUCACAGAGUCUUAUUUCCUCACACAGUUCUUUAAGAAGAGUGAAAUAUGUUUUUAUAUAUCUGAGUUUUAAGUUAGAGGCAUAUUUUGUGCAAUAUUUGUGUAAAUGAGCCUAUUCAUUAUAAAUGAAUGAUUUUAGUCAUACAUUGCCUAAAUCAUAACUUUACAACACUUGAGAAAGAAUCAACAGUUUAGUUAGAACGUCACAAAGUUCAAAUGUCUGUGUUCCAAAAUACGUCUUUGGGAUGUAUGGUGAUAUGUGUGUGUGCUCCCUGAGGCAGGGAUUUCUAGUUAUUAGACCACCUCAACUUUUAGCAUUUGGCAUCAUCAUGAUACUUUUAUAAAAUAUGACAUAUAGGAAAGCAAUAACACCAUUUUACAGGUGGCAUAACAGAUUUGCCUGCAGUCACUAAAGGGUAGAGUGUAAAGACUGAGUCCUUGUGAAUUCAGCUGAUCUUCUAAAUUGUACAGUUUACUUGGUCUUGCCUUUUAUUUUCUGAACUUUUUGCUUUUGCAACCAUUAGUUGGGUUCAAAUUAAGGGCAGUUACUUUAAAUCCAUUUUAAACCCUGAGGUUAGAAAUUAGACCACUUAAUUAGUCACAUGAUUUGGUAUAACAUUUUCUCCUUAUAAUUUUGAAUUUGGGUUUAUUUAAUACACUGAUAAAUUAUUUCAAAAGUAUUUUUAUAGCUCAAAUUGCUUCAAUUUUACACUGAUAAAUAUAGAUUAUUAAGAAGGACAUUCAGGUAGAGCUUAGUGUCUGAAAAUCAAUUCACAAAUAAUAUAUUCAUCAGGUACCUAUGGACUAAAUCACAUAAUGGCAUAUUUAAGCUGAGUGUCUGGGAAAUAAAUUUACUGUAUUUACAGAAAUACCCCUCUUUGUUUAGGUAUUUUGUCAUGUAUUUGAGAAGAAACUAAAAGUAAAGGAAAUGGUAUGACAUAUAAUAAUAACUUGUCCUUCUUAAAAGAGCAUGCAGUCCUUUGCAAUACCUCGUAUUCAGCCGCGUAUUUGUUCUCAUUCAAUAUAAGAGGCAGCUUUCCAUUUACUUAGAAAGCAACAUUGGAAGGAGUUUAUCAGGAACAUAAAAUUUUAGAAUGAACAAAUCUGAACCCUGUAGUAGGUAAAGAAUGAAAAUUUAUUUAAAAAUUACAAUAUGUGAUAAUCAUUUUUAAGGUAUAUGAUUAAACCUGAUGGGUUUUUCAGCAAUGAAAAAAUCAGUUCUAGGACCAAAGCUGAUUUUUUUAGAAAACUUGAAAAUCUAAAUCAACCCUACCUGUUGUAUACUUUCCUCUAAAACUUUAUCCUAAGGAAUCAUUUUAAAAUAAUACAACUAUUAAAACAAUGUAACUGCUAUUUUAGUGUUUUAAAAUAUAGUAUGAAUACUGAUAGUUUAAAAUAAAGGAACUGGGGGAAGGAAAAGUAGAGAAAGAAAUGCCAAUUUCAGUCCAAAGCUUUAUUUGCCAAGUUUUCUUAGGAUGAAUUUUACCAGGUUAUAAAUUCUUGUAAAUAGAAUCUAUAAUGGAAAUACUGAGAGACUUUUGCCUGAAGUGGCAUUAUUGGAUGCUGCUGUGAUGCUACUGUAAUGUAAUAAAUUAUUAAAUUGUUGCAAAGUGCUGUUUUUUUGCCUUAAAUUUUUAUUUCGUGCGUCUUGAAAACUAUAGUAUUAAAGGUCUUGAGAUUAUGCAAAUGCUGGAAACGCUUGGCAUGAGGUCAUCCGUUUUUAUUUUUACAAAAUUGUAAUAUAACUA